AUGAUGAAUAACACAGGCUAUUAUCAACAGGAUGCCUCAUACUACUCUCCACCAAACCAGCCAAACAAUAUCAGAAUGAGCAACAACAGCAAUAAUGGUGUCAACAACGAUAGUCAAAAUCCACCAUUUCACACUUGA